AGCUCGUGUGAUUUACAGUCAGUUUGUAAAUGAAGUUUGUUUUGUAUUACUGCGGUAUUACUCGCAGCACUUCUAAAGGUGAAUGAAUGAAAUUCACAUCAUUGCCUGCUGAUAUGGAUGACUGCAGUGAGACCUAUUUAUGUGUCAAUGACUCUAACAUGAGCAGCGACACAAACCCUCGGCCGGAGCAUGAAGAGCUGGAGAAGUUCAGGAGAAAACUCAAAUAUUUCUUCAUGAACCCACGUGACAAAUACAAAGCUCGUAGGAAAAAGCCCUGGAAACUGAUGCUGCAAAUCAUUAAAAUCGCUGUUGUCACUGCGCAGCUGGUGUGGUUUGGUCUGAGUAAUCAGAUGGUGGUUCAGUUUAAGGAGGAGAAUCUGAUGACGUUCAGACAUCUGUUCCUCAUGAACUUCACAGACGCCAGCAGCGACUCUUACGCCGUUUACACACAGCGUGACGUCUACACACACAUCUCAUACGCCGUCCAGCAGUUUCUCAUGUUGCCAAAUACAACGGUUGGGAAUCAUGAAUAUCAGAGAGAAGGAGACGUUUACACGCCUCUCACCGUCUGCCAACAGUUUUACAGUAACGGGAGCAUCACCGCUCGAGUGGAUGAAGAAUGUUUCAAGAUUUACCCGAUGGUUUCCUCUUCACCCCUCCCAUCACAUCCACUGAAUCUAACACUCAACUUUGAAAGACUGUUGUCGGUGAUCGUGAAGUUCACUCUCAAGGCCAUAAACCUGCAGACGGUUCAGCAUCAUGAGCUUCCAGACUGUUAUGUGUUCAACAUCAUGAUCGGUUUUGACAACAGGCCUCAAAGCGGCAGAAUCAAGAUUGAUCUGGACAAUGAUGUGGACAUCAGUAAAUGCAGAGACUGGACUCUGACAGGAGCAUCAGCGAGUGAUAUGUAUAUGAUGGUUGUGUUUGAUGUGGUGGUCAUUAUAACUCUCGCGGUGUCACUGGUUCUCUGAACACGCUCAGUGAAAGCCGGAGUCCUCCUACAGUUUGAAUAUGUGAAGUUUUUCUCCAGCUCUUACGGUAAGCGCGUGUCUCUGUCUGACCGUAUGGAGUUUAUAAACGGCUGGUUUAUUCUCAUCAUCAUCAGUGAUGUUCUGACCAUCACAGGAUCUGUGCUGAAGAUCAUCAUCCAGCUGAAGGCUGUGGCGAGUUAUGACUUGUGUAGUAUUCUGUUGGGCACUGGCACAAUGUUUGUCUGGAUCGGAGUUUUACGCUACGUGGGAUACCUGAAUAAAUACAACAUUCUCAUCAUUACUCUGAGAGCAUCUUUACCAAACGUCAUCCGAUUCACCUGCUGUGCUGCCAUGAUUUAUCUGGGCUAUUGUUUCUGUGGAUGGAUCGUGCUCGGACCUUAUCACUCAAAAUUCCGGACUCUGAACAUGGUGUCUGAGUGUUUGUUUUCACUUAUAAACGGAGACGACAUGUUCAACACGUUUAAGAUGAUGGAGCAGAAGAGUUGUGUGGUGUGGCUCUUCAGUCGGGUCUAUCUCUACACGUUUGUGUCACUCUUCAUCUACAUGGUGCUCAGUCUGUUCAUCACUCUCAUCACAGACACCUAUGACAACAUCAAGCAGCAGCAGAUGGAAGCAGAGCCGGUGUCAGAUCUUCAGAUGUUCAUCACGCAGUGCAAAGAGUCCAAACGAGAACACAGACACACACCUGAUCUGCGGCAUGCAACACAGAUCCAGUAAGAAGAUUGACUGUUAGAUCACAGAAGAAAAACAUUAUGUUCCGUAAACAUCAGAAACAAAUCUGAUUGAUGUUAAUACAUUUGGUUACAAAAGAAUCCAUCAAAGCUUUCCUUUUAAUGUUUCAAAUGUUUUCUGUUUUAUAGUGGAUGAACUUGAACUCGGUAUAUCCGGUCAUGAUGUUCAGGGAUUACGAUUUGAGUUUAUUUGCUCCAUACAUUUGUUAUUUAUUUAUUUGAAUUGAAUUAGCCCAAUAUAUGAAUUAGCCCAUUGUGAGAUGAAUGUUCAUUAUGGCUGAGACUGAGGCCAUUUGUGUGAACUUUUUAAUGUUAACUUUAUCAAAAUUGUGCAUUAAAGAUGUGCUUUUAACUCGUAUUUUCAUAGUUUCCGAUAUGUGUACUGUAGGUGCAUUUAGGAAAAUAGUGUAAAAAUGCUGCAGUAAAAAUGAACUGAAAACUGUGAUUAACUGUAAAAAACCUCAUAUAUACACUGAAACAAAACAUUACCUUUAUAUUUUUGUAUUUUUCUCAGUUUUCAUAAUUUACUGUGAGAAUAUUUAUGUUCAACAAGAUUAUACAUUUACGGUAAAAUUUCAUUCAAAUUAUGUUUUUUUGUGAAGUAUAAAUACAAAUCAUCAUAAAAUGUAUAGUGAAAAGGGCCCGUUGUGAUUCAACACAUUUUUUAUAUUUAAAAUAAUUCCGUUUCUACUUAUAUUUGUGACCAGUUAUGAACAUUACAUUUUGCUGUGAGCAUCUUUUGAGUGUUUUCAUCUCUAAAUCUAUUCACUGCUCUACAUACACCUGCAUAUUGAAUAAAGGCUCUAAUA